AUGUUGAAUCAGAAAAAUUUCCUUUCUCAGCUGGGGUUGACUAAUUCCUUUGACCAAGAGGAUGACGAUGUAUCUAAUGAUGAUAUACCGCCGGAGGGAAUACAGGAUAGCGCGCAUUGCCUAAUCAUACUCCUCUCAAAAGAGGAGAAAAUCCAGAUGAGGAAACCUUCGCGUCAUUCCAUGAUAAUAAAGAUGUUUAAUGGUAAGGUGGGCUAUAUGGGUCUGAUGCGUAAACUGAAGAAAAAGUGGAGUCUAAAGGGGGACUUGGUGUUAACAGAUAUUGGCUGCAAUUUCUUUAUUGCUAGAUUCACUAAUGCUAUAGAUUAUCACCAUGUGCUUACCCGAGGGCCGUGGAUGAUAGAUGACAACUAUUUGACAAUCCGCAAAUGGACCCCCAAUUUCGUUGCGGAAGCUCCGAUCAAAGUUCUUACUGCCUGGGUGCGAAUUCUGAAUCUUUCCGUGGAGUAUUUUGAUAGGAAUUUUCUCCAUAAGGUUGGCUCCAAAAUUAGUAAAGUUCUACGCAUUGACAAGACCACAGCGCAGGCUGAACGAGGCCAAUUUACAAGGCUGAGCAUCGAAAUUGAUCUCACCAAACCAUUACUCUCAAAAUUCUGGCUGAAAGGGAGAGUUUGGAAAAUUCAAUAUGAAGGGCUUCAUGCCAUCUGCUUUAAUUGUGGGUGCUGGGGACAUAAUGCGAAAGACUGCGCACAAUCCUUAGAGGCGCAUUAA